AUGUUCUCUCGAUCUGCUACCGUCGCUGCUUCCAUCGGCCUUCUUGCCUCGACCGUUUCCGCAGGCUUCAAUGCCGCAUCAAGCACCAACGUUGCUGUGUACUGGGGCCAAGGAGACGGCCAGAUCACCUUGUCGGAAGUGUGUAGCGACGACAGCGUCGACAUCGUCAAUGUCGCCUUCGUAAACGGCUUUCCUAAGGCUGUUGGCGACUAUCCGGCUACUAACUUUGGUGUGUACAAGGUCACCAAUCCUUCUCAAAGAUGUCCUAACCAAGUCACAGCAAAUGCAUGCGGCGCUGAAUAUUACGCCUACCCCAAUGGAACCCUAAGCGGCCUGUUGUCCAGCUGCCCCAGCAUUGAGCCCGGAAUCAACACCUGCAAGGCUAAUGGAAAGAACCUAUGUCUGCUUAUAUCUAUUGAUAAGGCUUCCAAGGAGGUGGCCGAGUAUUUCGCCGAAUUCCUGUGGGGCGCAUUCGGACCCGUGACCGAUGAAUGGAAGAAUGCCGGAAAGCCGCGCCCCUUCGGCGAUGCAUCUGUGGACGGUUUCGACCUCGACAUUGAAUCCUUCAUGGUCACACCCCCUUUCCCGGACUAUCAGUACGCCAACUACGAGUACUUCGUCUCGAAGCUCAAGAACGACCUCUUCGGAUCUGGAGACUACUAUAUCUCUGGCGCCCCUCAGUGUGUCAUUCCUGAUGUGCGACUGGCAGAGGCUAUCAGCAAGUCUCACUUCGAUUUCAUCUUUGCUCAGUUCUACAAUACGCCUGAGUGCAGCACCCGCGCAGGCUAUAAUGGACUGAGCGCUGCGUCCACCACGUUCACGUUUGAUGACUGGGCGGCUUGGUUGAAGACGAACUCCUUGAAUAAGGGCGUCAAGCUCUAUCUUGGCAUGCCCGCCGGAGUCAAUGGCGCUCCAUUCGAUCCUACUUCGUACCUCACUCCGACCGAAGCGAACGACCUGAUCUCCUUCUACUCCGCGAAGCAUUCCGAUAUUUUCGGCGGAGUCAUGCUUUGGGAAGCCACCGUCUCUUCUCGCAACGCCAUCUGCUCCAAGGGCUACUCUACGUGGAUCAAGGACAUCCUCAACGGAGAAUAUGUCAGCGAAACCUGCCCUAGCUCUUCGGCCUCCUCUACGGUCGCUUCGUCUACUAGCAGCAUUGCCUCUUCGACUUCCAGCACCGUGGUCCCCACUGCCACCGCGGUGACCCCAGACGGCACAUGCGGCGGCGUUACUGGUUACACUUGCAUCGGAGCCAACGCGGGUGACUGUUGCAGCCCCUAUGGCUGGUGCGGAAGCUCUGCUGACCAUUGCGGUACUGGCUGUCAGGAGGGCUUCGGAAAGUGUGGUAUUUCAAGCAGCAGCAGCAGCUCGUCCAUGGUUUCUAGCACCAGCUCAGCUGUUUCCAGCACCAGCUCCGAAAUAUCCAGCACCAGCUCCGAAGUGUCCAGCACCAGCUCCGAGGUGUCUUCGACCUCAUCGACCGCUUCAUCGUCCACGGUGUCUUCCACUGAGUCCUCCACCAGCAGCUCUUCCUCGUCUUCGGUUCCGUACCCUACCGAGACUAGCUCAAGCACCGUCUACCCGACCGAUACCUCCUCGUCUUGGUCAUCCGUCCCGUACCCUACCUACGGAGAGAACUCGACCUCUAUUCCUUACCCAACCGAGACUUCGAGCAUCAUCUACCCGACUGAUACUACCUCGUCCACGGUCUAUCCUACCGAUUCCUCCAGCUCGUACCCGACGUACAAUGUCUCGUCCUCUACCUCAUCUACGCCUGGUUACUACAACACCACUACGCCGUGCUCAACUACCCUAGGCGCCUACUCUACCUCUAGCCCUUCGGCAUCCUACGACAUCUACACGCCAAGCUCUUCGACUCCUGCUGGCUAUGUCUCUUCCUCAACCCCUGCCGGCUAUGGUUCUUCUAGCUCCUCUGGCUAUUCAGUGUACCCUGCCUCAAGCUCUACCAAGACGCCUUGCUCGACUUCGCCGAAGGGCUAUGCUACUUCCUCUUCUACUCCUGGAUAUCCUCCUGUCUAUCCCGCUUCGAGCUCUUCCAAGGGAUACUCAGCCAAGCCAUUAACGACCAGCAAGCCCGCUUAUCAUAGCUCUCACGUGCCAGAUUACACCACUACCGUGACGGAAACAUCCACAUACGUCGACAUCUGCUCCACCGGCUACACCACCAUCACCACAACGAUGACCAAGACCUACACCGUCUGCCCCGUCUGCGCAACGCCGACGCCCAAGCCCUACGGCGAAGUCCCCGAGGGCUGGACCACAACCGUGACCGUCUGCAGCGUCUGCGGCCCCAAGACCGUCACCGUUACUCUCACCAAGCCCAUCCCCACCCCUCACCCGACGCCCGCGGAAUACACCCCUGAGGCGCCCGAGGAGACCGCCACCAGCACCAUCGAGAGCUACGUCUACAUCACCGUGACGCCCGUGCCCGCGUCGUCUACGCCGUCGCCCGCUCCUUCUGCGCCCGCCUAUGUCCCUGAGGGAGAGGCGCCGCAGGAGUACACGGUUACGAAGGGCGUCACGGAGGUUAUUACGCUGUCGAAGGUGCCGGUUCCCGCGUAUACGCCGGCGCCUGUGUAUAAUGCUACGACUGGUGUGUAUGUGCCGAGCGGGACGGCGGGCAGCACUGGAGGAUAUACGGCUACGCCGCUGCCGUUUGAGGGCGCGGCGAGCAGGAUGAGCGUUGGGCUUAGCGCUGUGGCAGCGGUGGUGGUGGCGGGUUUGUUAGCUUUGUAG